AUGGGUCAACCUCAUUUGGACAGAAAUUGGGUAAAUUAUGAUUGCUUUGUUAGUUUCCCGUUUGGAUGUUUGUGUUUUAUAUCGGUACUGAUAUUUUACACUUGUAUAAUCAAAGCUCUAUUAAAACAAUCCAAGAAAAUGUUGAGUCAUUCUAAAGUAAGGAAUAGAAAAGUUCAUCCUACUGAAAGUAAUGUAAAUAUGACUACUUCGGUAGCUGCAUUAAAGACUCCUGCGCAUACAAGUGUGCCGAAAACGGAUGCUAUUAAAACGAAAACUGCUGUAGACACGCCAUCAGUUCCGGAAAUUUCUAUCAACGAACUACAUGUUGGUAAUGGAAAUACAAAAGACAUGAAAGAUGUGUUACAAAUAAAUGAUAAUGAGAGUAUGCUGAAACCAAGUAUUUUAUUAAGCAAAUUGCCUAGCAUAAAUGAAACGUGUAGUAGUGGUCAAAACUUAAAAUCUAAAUCUUUGGUAGUAAUAUCUUCUUCUUCGGAAAUUCAAGAUACAAAUCUAUCACCAGCAAGAGAAAAACUUGACAAACCAAAUGAUGAAAAUAUCAGUAUUUCAAAUUGUUCAGAUAAACUGCAUGAGCAAAGAACAUACGAAAUUUAUGAAGCUGACGGAACAAUCAGGGUGGAGAAAAACAACAACGAUCAUGUUGUAGGAGCAGUAUGUGUUUUCAAUCCGAAAAAUAGAGAACAUGGAAAACGAAAACUGGAAGCCAAAAUUGCUAAACACUUUGCCAUUGGAAUAGGUUUGUUUGGAUUAGUUUGGAUACCAUUUCCUGUUUUUAUUCUUAUACAUUUUAAUACAGUUACGUUAUCGGAGGCAGAAUGUCAUGUUUUAGCCGUUCUUUCGACAUUUUCAUUAACAGUGUAUACAGUAAAUCCGUUAAUUACAAUUUUUAUGAACGGAAAAAUAAACGCUGAAUGCAGUUGA